GCGGAUAUAGACACGUCCUGCCGUCGGGUCCUCAGGUUAAGGGAAGCUCGGUCUGGCGGCUGACGUAUAUAAGAUCGAGCCGCGGCUGCUUUCCGUCCUCCAUAAAGCUUGAGACUUCCCGUCGUCAUUUUUUACCCAUCCUUUGUUUACGUACCCUAACAACUUCAAAAUGUCUACUCCAAGUAUCAAGCUCAACGAUGGCAACAGUAUGCCCCAGGUGGGCUUCGGACUGUGGAAGGUAGACAACAAGACCUGUGCCGACCAGGUGUACGAGGCCAUCAAGGUCGGAUACCGGCUAUUCGAUGGUGCUUGCGAUUACGGAAACGAAGUUGAGUCCGGCCAGGGUAUUGCCCGCGCCAUCAAGGAGGGCAUCGUAAAGCGCGAGGACCUCUUCAUCACCUCGAAACUGUGGAACUCCUUCCACGACGCCGAGCAGGUUGAGCCCAUCACCCGCAAGCAGCUCGCAGAUUGGGGCAUUGACUACUUCGACCUCUACCUGAUCCACUUCCCCGUCGCCAUCAAAUACGUUGCCCCCGAAGUACGCUACCCUCCCGGUUGGUUCGUCGAUGAUGCAGGCACCAAGAUCGAGCACAGCAAGGCGAGUUUGGAGAGCACAUGGAAGGCGAUCGAGCAGUUGAAGAAGAAGGGACUGGCCAAGAGCGUGGGAAUCAGCAACUACACCGGCGCACUGCUCCUCGACCUCUUCACAUACGCGGAGAUCACACCCGCAGUGCUGCAGAUUGAGCACCACCCUUACUUCACGCAGGAGAACCUUGUGAAGCUUGCAAAGGAGCGCGGUAUUGCCAUCACAGCAUACUCGUCUUUUGGACCGUCGUCAUUCAUUGAGUGCGAUAUGAAGAUUGCGGCGGACACACAGCAGUUGUUGUCGCACAGCCUGAUCACCGGCAUUGCGGAGAAGCACGGCAAGACUGCGGCGCAGGUUCUACUACGGUGGGCGACACAGCGCGGACUGGCUGUUAUCCCCAAGAGCAACGAUCCGAAGAGGUUGGCGCAGAACUUGGAUGUUGUGAACUUUGAUUUGGGCGAGGAUGAGAUCCAGAAGAUCUCGGACUUGAACAUCAACCUCAAGUUCAACGUACCUACAAACUACGGCAUUCCUUGCUACGUUUUCGCAUAAGCGUAAGCUGGCGUCUUCUGCAACUGGUUUGAUUUCAAGGUGUUGAGUGUACAACGCAAUGGGCGUACCCUUAUGGCAUGCGUCUCAGAUACCGC